GGCGGCGGCGGCGGCGGCAGCGGAGGCGGGGACCGAUCUGGGCCGGGGGCCGAGAGGCAACGCGCCGCCGCACCCUCUUGGUCGCCCUCUCCUGCGCGCCCCGGCCGCCGGCCCCCGCCGCGAGCCCACCCGGAGCACCGGGUUCCGCUCCGAACUGGGGCUGAGCUGCUUCCAGCCGCCCGGCGCCCCAAGCCGCGGCUUCGCGGUGGAGAACCGCGCCCGGACUAGAGGCGCCCGCGGCUUCGAGAGCGUCGGCUGUGCCAGCCCUCGACCUGAUGGAUGCUUGCUGUGGACGAUGAAGGAAGAAGGCACCUCCCGCACCCCAGAGGUGACCCCGGCGUGUGCCCCGGAUGACCCUGCGACCCAGCACCAUGCGGCUGGCCUGCAUGUUCUUGUCCAUUCUGCUGUUUGGAGCUGCAGGCCUCCUGCUCUUCAUCAGCCUGCAGGACCCCACGGAGCUCGCGCCCCAGCAGGUGCCAGGCGUCAAGUUCAACAUGAGGCCACAGCAACCCCGCCAGGACCCCCCACCGGGCCGUUUCCGGGAUGGCGACUCGAGGGCACCCACGGCGAGAGUCUCCCGGGACUUGUCCAGCCGGGCCCCCGGGGGUCUUAACCUGCCGGCGCCGGACCAGCCCCCGCCGCACCUGCAGACGGGGGCCCGCCCGCGUGUCCGGCAGCGCCGGCGGCGGCUACUCAUCAAGAAGAUGCCCGCGGCCACGGCCACCCCAGCCAACAGCUCUGCGGGCCCCGCGGUCCGGCCGCAACCGGGGGCCCGCGACGGCCGUUGGGCGGUCCUGCAACGGACGCAGCAGGAGCGCAAGCGGCUGAUGCGGGAGGCGUGCGCCAAGUACCGCGCCAGCAGCAGCCGCAGGGCCGUCACACCGCGCCACGUGUCGCGCAUCUUCGUGGAGGACCGCCAUCGCGUGCUCUACUGCGAGGUGCCCAAAGCCGGCUGCUCCAACUGGAAGCGAGUGCUCAUGGUGCUGGCCGGGCUGGCUUCGUCCACCGCCAGCAUCCAGCACGACACGGUCCACUACGGCAGCGCACUCAAGCGGCUGGACACGUUCGGCCGCCAGGGCAUCCUGCACCGGCUGCGCACCUACACCAAGAUGCUCUUCGUGCGCGAGCCCUUCGAGAGGCUGGUGUCCGCCUUCCGCGACAAGUUCGAGCACCCCAACAGCUAUUACCACCCCGUCUUCGGCAAGGCCAUCCUGGCCCGCUACCGCGCCAACGCCUCACGGGAGGCGCUGCGGACGGGCUCGGGCGUGCGCUUCCCCGAGUUCGUCCAGUACCUGUUGGACGUGCACCGGCCCGUGGGCAUGGACAUCCACUGGGACCACGUCAGCCGGCUCUGCAGCCCCUGCCUCAUCGACUACGACUUCGUGGGCAAGUUCGAGAGCAUGGAGGACGACGCCAACUUCUUCCUGAGCCUGGUGCGCGCGCCGCGGAACCUCACCUUCCCUCGCUUCAAGGACCGCCACUCGCAGGAGGCGCGCACCACGGCGCGCAUCACGCACCAGUACUUCGCGCAGCUCUCCGCCCUGCAGCGGCAGCGGGCCUACGACUUCUAUUACAUGGACUACCUGAUGUUCAACUACUCCAAGCCCUUCGCAGACCUGUACUGAGGGCCGGGGCAUCGCACCCGGGCGCAGGUGCGUCCUCGCCUGGGAACCGAGAUGCACCUGCAGCCACAGGGCCCUGAGAACGGCCGCUGCACCUGUUGCAUGCAGCAGGCCCGAGGUCUUGGGUGGGGACCCCGGCCGCUGUCUUGUACCUGCUUUCUCACUCCUCAGCUGGGGACGGUUCCUGAGGGCCACAAGGGGCAUCCCAGCAGCUCAGCCAGCAGUUACCAUGCCCAGGAGAGUCAGGACAGGGGGACGGGGGUCCCAGCAGCCGGGAUUACCCCUGCGGUCCCUUAGCCAAUGCCUUGAACCAAACCAAGUGGUUUGCAGCUUUUCUACGAUGGUGGGGGGAGGGCACUGGUUCCAAAUAAAGCACACGGUUUCCAGA